UUUGUGGAAAAAACUGCAUAGAUAUGCCUUGGUUUUGCAAUCAUUUUCCACCUUCAAAGUUCCCCAAUUUUUUAGCAUUGCACGAUCCGUAUUUCUCUCUCAGCUUUGUGCCGGCGCUCAGCUGAAGCUUUGUGGAUCGUCGGGGGCUGCGGCUGCGGCUGCGGCCGGGGCUGCUGCUGGGAGGCCGCUUAUCAAAUUGGCUCCAUCAGACGGUCCAGUACACGAUCCGAUUCGAUGCGAUCCGAGUCAGUUGCGUUCCUACGUUACGAUCGAGCGGUUCGUUUGGCGGUUGCGGCUACGAUUUGCGGUUGUGGUUGCGGUUGUGGUUACGGCUACGGUUGAUACCCGGGCUCGUCUAGGGACUGCGAUUCCUCUCAGUGUGUGUGUGUGGAUUCUGAAGUGAGGUUGAGGCUGUGGCUGAGGCUGAGGCUGAGGCGGCGUCUCUAAAUUGAAGCCACUUAAGUAAGCCGCAAAGGGGAUCUCUGAAAGAAAUCUCGCACAAAAACACACAGAACACAACAACGGCUCCGGGCAUGAAUCAACCUAGCGGCCGCGGAAGUGUUAAUUUAAAGUCCAAAGACGACAUUUAGAUACGGUCUUCCAACUACUAUCUGAGAGUGUUCCAUUGUCCGCCCAAUAAAUCGUGGGUCUCUGUUUUUUUUGUUUUUGUUUUUUUUUUGUGUCACUGAAUUAUGUGUUUGCUGAUGUCCGAUGAGAUAUAUACAUAAAUCAAUAAUUAAGUGAUAAUUAUUUAUAGUGUGAAUUAGACGGAGGGCAUUGAAAAAAUCUCCUCGGACGUGUUGUAAAUCGCUGGAAAUCGCUGCCCGAAAGAGCUCCGCUAGAGCUCAACCAGUUUCCAACAACAAUAACACAUACUCAUGAUGGGACACGGACAGCCCCUAGUGCUAGCAGUGCUCUGCUACCUCGGCGCCUGCACGUCGGCCCUGAGCCUGCCCAAUAUGACGGCGUCCGAUGGGGCCGCUAGUGGAGGCCUGAUAUUGCCCCCGCUCGUUGCGGGGCCCAGCGGCAGCAGCAUCGGUGGCAGCAACGGCAGCCUGAUCAGCGGCGGAGGCGGCGGCGGCCUGGCAGUGGGCAUUCCCGGCGGACAGUCCACAGCUGAGGCGGGCGGAGGAGGAGGAGCCACCAAUCUGGGCGGCAGCCAAAUGGGUGGCAGCAUUGGCGGCGGCGGCAGCAGCAGUGGCGGCGGCCUCAGCGGCAGUGGCAACAACUCGGCCAUGGUCCAGGCGCCCAAGGAGAAGCUGUACGAGAAGUGUACGGGUCCCGGCGACCCGGGCCCGUGCAAGCAGUACAUCUACAAGUGGCGCUACGAGCCGACGACCAACGAGUGCACCAACUUCAUUUGGGGCGGCUGCGAUGGCAAUCCCCAGAAUCGUUUCAGCACCGAGGCGGAGUGCCUGUUCCACUGCAUUGGAGGGCCACACACAUUGCCGCCAUUCCUGCAGUCAACCACUCGCGAGCCCAGCACCACAGAGAGCUCGCAGCUCAUUGGAUCGGCGUACACCCAGAGUCCGGCCCAGGCCGCACAGGAUGAGGACGGCAGGACGGGAGAUGGCACCACCCCAGUGCCCAUCGAGCAGCGCGGCCCUGAGCUGACGUUUGCGGAGACGGGCCAAGGCAAAACUUUCGUUUUUGCCAAGAACAACACGUUCAUCCAAAUGGACGGCGACAUCAUACAGACAUUUCAAUUAAGACUUUGCCGUGAGAUUUCAUUUCAAUUCCGUACUCGACUGCCGCACGGCCUGCUCGUCUAUCACAACGUUAAGAAUCCGGAUCGCAUUAAUUUGGACCCCUAUGCACUCUAUGUGAUUGUGGAGAAGGGCCAACUGAAGGUGGUCCAUGUCUUUGGCAAGCAUUCAACGAGUGUCACUGUGGGCGAGAGCCUGAAUCGAGAUGAAUGGCACAGUGUGAUGGUGCGCAUCGAUGUCCAUGGGGCAAGAUUAAUUGCACGCGUCGACAAUAGUCAGGAGGAGGUAUAUCUGAAAGGACUGAAUCACGAGUACAACUAUGGCGUCUCCACGAAUCUGCCGUCGGUUGUGCUGGUUGGAGGCCUUUCGUCGGAGGAGAAGCUGCACGGCGUGAAGUACAUUACGGAAUCCUUUGUGGGCUGCAUACGCAACGUGGUCCUGAGCUCUGGCAAGGCUGCCUCCGAUCUGCUGUCCAUUGCCCCGCUGGUGGCCACCAAGCAUGAGAACGUCAACGAGGGAUGCUUUGAUAUGUGCGACUCUCGGCACAAUCUGUGCUUCGUGGGCUCCCGUUGCAUCAACCACUAUGGGGGCAUCUCCUGCGACUGCUUUGGCACCCACUACGAGGGUGAACACUGUGACAUCUACACGGCCACCAUAAUCACGCUGCGCGGUGCCAGUUAUGUGUCGUACAGGAUCUACGACUGGAAGGAUCGCGUACACUCAUCGACGAUGCGGAUUAGCCUGAUGUUCCGGACGAACUUUGACGACUCGGCCCUGUUCUACGCCAGCGGGGAGUCGCUUAAGCAUCAGUACAUAGCGGCGGCCAUCAAGAACCAGUCGAUUCAUGUGGAGAUGGACUUUGGCGACCAUGUGAUGGCCACAGUGCUCACCGAUGACCUGACCCGCGGCUACUGGCACAAUCUGACCAUCCUGCAUGAGCAGCGUACGGUGAGCAUUAUCCUGGAUCAACAGCAGAAGGUACUCGAGCUGCCGGCCACGACCAGCGGUAACCUGCUCUUCGAUCCGGAGAUCUACUUCGGUGGCGGCCCCGAGCUGCACAAGAAGAAGGGCUUGGCCUCGCACAACAACUUCGUGGGCAGCAUGAAGUACGUCUACUACAACGACAUCUCCAUUCUGUACGAGCUGCAACGUGGCAAUCCGAAGAUGCACUAUCACGGUGUCCUGGAGGCGGAGUUUCUGGAGAACGAAGUGAACGUCAUACCCAUAACCUAUCCCUUUGCGACGUCACACAUUUGGUGGCCCAUAAAUCACGCCGAAGAAUUUAAUAUUAAAUUCGAUUUCCGCAGCAGUCGGCCAGGCGCUGUCCUGGCCUACAGUGACGUAACGACCAGUGCCGGAAAUGGCUUCUGGGAGAUACGUCUCACAUCGGACAAACUAAGCUUCGAUCUGGUGCCCGAUGUGAACAACAAUGUGACACACUCGACGACCAUCAAAAUCAAUCGUGCCACCUCUUGGCACAGCGUCGAGGUAGACUAUAAGCUGGGCGAGAUCCGGUUCACUGUCGACUACCGGCACACCCUCAGCCAGAUGUACGGCCUGACCUUUAACAUUGGCGACAAGCUCAUCAUCGGCAGCAGCCUAAAGUCAGCGGCCAUGGGCCUGGUGGGCUGCAUCCGUGACAUUGAGAUCAAUGGCCAUCUGAUUGAGCCACGGCAUGUGGUCAAGACGGAGCGAGUGGUGGGCGAGGUGGCGCUGGAUAACUGCAACUACAUUGAUCCCUGCAAGCGGCCCAACACCUGCGAGCAUGGUGGCAAGUGUUUCGUCAAGGACGAUCGCGUCACCUGCGACUGCAAGCACACGGGCUACAUCGGCAAGAACUGUCACUUUACCAAGUACCGCAAGACCUGCGAGGAGCUGGCGCUUCUGGGCUUCACCAAAUCCGAUGUCUACCUCAUCGACAUCGAUGGCAAUGGGGUGUUCCCGCCGGCCCAUGUCAAGUGUGAUUUUCAGAGUCUGGAGAAUGCCACCAAGACGAUUGUCGAGCACAAUCUGCCCAGCCAGGUGGAUGUGCGGUCGGCCCGGGAGUCGGACUUUAGCUUUAAUAUACGCUACCGCGAAUUCUCCCCCCACAUGCUGCAGGAGCUCAUCUCGCACUCGCUCUACUGCACGCAGUACAUCAAGUACGACUGCUAUCGGGCCCAGCUGGAGCUGCAUUCCUCCACUUGGUUCACGUCCUCGGCCAAGAAUCUCACCGUUGACUUUCUGGGCAAUGUCAAGAGAGGCGCCUGCCCGUGCUCGGUUAACAAGACGUGCGUGGACCCGAAUCAAUCAUGCAACUGCGAUGUGAAAGAGAACAAAUGGAAUUCGGAUGAGGGAUACUACCAGGAUCCGCCCAGUUUGGGCAUCACCAAUAUGUACUUCCUGCAGCAAAAGGAUCUGGACGACGAGGCCCAGGGUCGCAUCACGCUCGGACCCCUGGAAUGUGUAGAGACAAAUACACAGAAAUACGUGGUCACCUUCACCACAUCGCAGUCGUAUAUCGAGGUGCCCGGCUGGCGGAAGGGCGACAUUGCCUUCUCGUUCCGCACCACCGGCGAGAAGGCCAUCCUGCUGUUCCAGCCACCGAUACGUGCCCACUAUCCAUCGUUCAUGGUGGCCCUCACCGGCGACGACCAGCUCACGUUCACCUUCACAUUGAGCACGGGGACCACCCGCGAGCUGGUCAUUAACUCGCACCGCCGGCUGAAUGGCGGCGAAUGGCAUAAAAUAUGGAUCGACUACAACCAGUAUCAUGUGCGCUUCAUGAUAAACACCGAUUACCAGAUGCUCGAUUUGCUGCCCGAGGAGGAGUUUGGUCCAUUCGAGGGCAGCAUGUACAUUGGCGGCGCCACAUUCGACCUGCUCAAGAAGCUGUCCGUUAAGGCUGGCCUUAUUGGCUGCUUCCGUGGCCUGGUGGUCAAUGGUGAGAUACUCGACAUCUACAGCUACAUGUCAGUGCAUCUGUCGGAGAUUAUCAAGGACUGCAAGCCAUCUUGUGUGCCCUCGCCCUGCCGCAACGGUGCCCAGUGCAAGGAGCUGUGGAGCAGUUUUAAGUGCGUCUGCAACAACCCGUGGGCCCACAUCGGGGAGUUCUGUGAGACAAACAUCAACGAGAAGGCUCUGACCUUCAUCAACCGUGAGUCCUUCCUAAUGCGCAACUACCUCAGUGUGGGCGCCACGCCUGCCAUCCUAAUGCAUGGCCUGGAAGGCGAACGGGAUGUACUGAAGGGCAUCCUACACCAGAAUCUGCUCAUCAACCUACGCACCUACGACUCCAAUGCCCUGGUUGUCUAUGCCAACGAUCACUACAACAACUUUGUGCAUCUGUACAUCAGCCAGAACCGGGAGAUUGUCUUUCUCUACAACUACGGCGAUGAGAUUGUCAAUCUCACAUUGCUGGACGAUACACUGAUGGCCUCGAAGAGCCUGAAGAGCAUCCAGGUGGCCAUUAUCCGGGGAGAGCAGGAGACCCGCAUGCACGUGAACCAGCGGAGUGUGAGCAUCGACAGGGGCACCCUGCUCCUGGAUGAGUAUGCCAAUAAGCCCUGGAGCAAUCCGGAAAAGGAGGUUCUGUCGCCGCAUCGUCCGCCCGCACCGCCCACCGAAUACUUUCAGUUCCAUGUCGGCGGCUACGAUCCGGCGAAUUUGCUGCGCCCCACCAAUGUGGAUGCACCCGCUCUGGAGGGUUACAUUGGCUGUGUGCGGGGGCUGAAAAUCGGUACGCAGUUGAUCGACUUGGCGGAAAUCAAUGAAAGGAAUAUAGCGCCCAUCCAGGAAGGUGUUCUGCCCAAUUGCCAGAUCAAAUGCGAUGCGGAGCCCUGCAAGAAUGGAGGGAUUUGCCAGGAACACUUUGCCGAACAGCUCUCCACCUGCGACUGUGAGAAUACCAGCUUCCUGGGCGAGUUCUGUUCGGAGGAGAAGGGCGCCGACUUUAGCGGCGAGUCCACGCUUCAGCGCAAGUUCGAGCUGUCGGGCCGGGUCAACUAUGUGCGCCUGCAGCUGGCCUUCUCCUCGUUCGACCUGCGGCGGGCCAACCGCAUCAUGCUGCUGCUGCAGACGGCAGCGGAGCUCAGCUACUACCUUCUGCUGGCCAUCACCUCGGACGGGUACCUGCAGCUGGAGGAGGAUCGCGAGCAGGGCCAGACGGUGGGCGCUCGCAUCGAUCGGAGUUUCCUGAACAGUGCCAGGCACUCGGUCUACUACGUGCGCAACGGCACCCAGGCGCAGCUCUUCAUCGACCGCGAGCAGGUGCCGCUGACGGAGUUUGCCGCCCGAGUGCUUACCACCAGCGGGGAGGCCGGGGCGAAUCGCGUCCAGAUUGGUGGCAUCAACAGCACGGACUCGCGGUUUGCCGUCUUCAAGAGCUACAGCGGUUGCCUGUCGAACAUCUACAUACAGGUGAACGGGCAUGUUAUGAAGCCACUCGAGGAGUAUAUGCUGUUCACCAAGUCGGGGGCCGACAACAUAACCGUCAUCAAUCCGCAGGGCGUACGCAGUGCCCAAUGCAAUGCCAAAUUCGAUGUGAGCGAACAGCCCACCCAGGAGCCUAUGGUCAAUGUGAGCAUGAUACCCGAGCCUUGGGUGGAGGAGCCGCCGCAGCGAGUGCCCUAUAUUCCCAGAUUUGUGUACGAUGAGAACAAGAAGGAGGACUCCACACAGGUCGUCUUCCUCACGCUGACCAGCGUGUUUGUCAUCAUUGUCGUGUGCUGCCUGCUUGAGGUGUAUCGCAGUCAUUUGGCCUACAAGAAGCGCAUCGAGCGCGAGACGGACGAGGACAUUAUUUGGUCGAAGGAGCAGGCAACCAAAAUGCACGAGUCGCCAGGUGUUAAGGCCGGCCUGCUGGGCGGUGUUACGGCCGGCUCGGGCAACGGCCUGCCGCCCUAUACCUACAAGGCGCUGCCGCAAGAGGACAAGAAGCCAGGCAAUGGAGCCCCCUUGGUGGGCAUCUUGAAGAAUGGCAGUGCGACGGCCUCGCAGCCAGACAUGCCCACCACUGUCCUGACCAAAAAUGGUGACAUUGCCACGCGCAUCGAUGAGGUGCGUGAGGAGGAAGAGGAGGACGAGGAGGACUCCUCGCAGACGCCGAAAGAGGAGGCACAGAAGGAUGCUCUUAUAAACGAAGGACCUUCCACAGAGCAUCCAACUCCGGCAAUAUCGGAGGACACUGCGGAUGCCCCUGGGCCAAAUGAGUCAGUGGCCGAGGCUCCAGCCGUGCCGCCUGCUGCUGCCACACCGAAUGGACAGCUGGAGGGAGAGGUGGAUGCCCCAUUACCGUCAGCGCAGGCGAAGCAGCAAGGCCAAGAGGAUGGGAAGCAGCAUGAAGACCCGCAAGAAGAGCAUCAGCAUGGAGAGGAGCAGCAUCAGGAGCAGCCGCCGCAACGAGGAAAAUCCCGCCACAAAGCACCCGACGACACAGGGCAUCUCUUUGAUGUCGGCGCCGCAAAUGCCAAUGCGACAACACAGUCCAUAGGGUCCACAGCGCCCCCAGCUACAGCACAAGCACCAACACCAGCAGCAGCACCAGCAGCAGCACCAGCACCAGCCCCAGUACCAGUACUAGCCCCACCGCCACGCCAUCGUUCGAAAGCGGCGGCUUUGGGUGCCCCGUCGUUGCCGCUGCUCUAUCUGGUGGGUGGGGCGCUGCAGCAGCGACAGUUCGCGAAUCCAAUUAGUUACUUGGGUGGACCGCGACUGCAGCCGCGCAGUAAUCGCAACAGCAUCGACUCGAUAUUAUCGCUGGAUUAACGCCACCCCACGGCGGACCCUGCUAGUCCGGAACCAAGCUAGUCGCACACCUUCGUCAAUGGGGCAAGUGCAUCCUCGUUCAUGGUGCUGGUUGCCUGGCAACAAACUCAAGUUGCAGCAGGAUUAGCCUUUUUUUCUUUUUUUUUUUUACAUGGACGUUGAUAUGCGUACCAUUUGAAGUGUGAACUCUAGUACUAGUUAGUUAGUUUACCAAUUUUUUAGUUAGCGAAUGUUGAUCGAAUUGUUGCUAAAAAUUAAAGGAAUUGUUAUUGAUAAUAA